AUGUUUGAUAAAAUUAAAGUAGUGAUAACUGACAAUGCAAUGUCAAUAGUUAAAGCAAUAAGACAAUUAGAUAUCAUCCACCUUGGCUGUACAGCACAUACCAUUCAUCUUGUAGUCACCAAUGAAUUGGCUAAAAGUUUGAAAAAUGAUUCUGAUUGUACUGCUCAUGCUGAUGGUUCUAGUCUAAAUGAAAAAAUGCUUUCUGAUGAAGAAUAG